GCCUAGCGCGCUUAGCCGAGCGAGGCCUUUUCCCGCCAACGUCACCAACCCUCUCACAACGUUUAAGUUUAAUUUAUUAGCUGCAACAAAAACAUAAUAGCAGCGAUUAAUUAACAUGAGCGUCCUGACGUGGAACAUCAACGGGAUUAGAGCUUCUCGCGUGAGCCUCAAGGCGCUGCUGGACUCGCUCGACGCCGACGUUGUCUGCUUACAGGAGACCAAAGUUACGAGGGACCUUCUGGACGAACCCACGGCCGUAGUGGACGGCUACAAUGCCUACUUCAGCUUCUCAAGGGUCCGCAGCGGCUACUCUGGCGUGGCCACGUACUGCAGGGACGUGGCCACCCCCCUGGCCGCCGAGGAGGGGCUGUCUGGCCUCCUGCGAGGGGCGAGCGGCCGCCGGGACGACGGCAGCGACGGCAGCGUCGGCUGCUACGGCGACACCAGCGAGUUCACCGUCGACGAGUUGCAGGCUCUGGACGCCGAGGGCAGGGCCGUGGUGACGCAGCACCGCGUGCGGCUGGCGGGGAGCGGGGAAGAGCGGACCCUCGCCAUCGUCAACGUCUACUGUCCCCGCGCCGACCCAGACAGGCCUCACCGCGGAGACUUCAAGCUCCGCUUUUACCGGCUCCUGGAGGCUCGCUGCGUCGCCCUGCGCAACAGCGGCAGCCACGUGAUUGUGGUCGGAGACCUGAACACGGCACACAGACCCAUAGACCACUGCGACCCAGAGGAUCCCGAGCUGUUUCAAGAACACCCUGGCAGAAAGUGGCUGGACCAGUUCCUCUGUGAAUCCAGUCCCUCUGCGAGACCUCCUCCUCGGCCCACCGACCACGACGACGACAGCCGCAACAGCGACGACGUCAGCGCGUCGUGGCCCGAUGCCGCCGGCCCCCGGUUCGUCGACGCCUUCCGCCUCUUCCAUCCGACGCGCGCCGACGCGUUCACCUGCUGGUGCAACGUCACCGGCGCUCGCGUCACCAACUACGGCACGCGCAUCGACUACGUCCUCGCCGACGGCGCCCUGGCCGCCUCCCGCGUCCUCUCGGCCUGCGACAUCGCGCCCGACGUGCUCGGCUCGGACCACUGCCCCGUGCGCGCCGCGCUGGCGCUCGACUUCGUGCCGGCGCCGCGCCGACCCCCGCUGUGCGCGCACCUCAUGCCCGAGUUCGCCGGGCGCCAGCGCAAGCUCUCGGCGUUCCUGGUGAAGACGCCGGCUGACCGCGGCGGCGAACCCGAGGCCCGCCCGUCGGAGCGGCGCGUCGACCGUGCCGCGAACGUUGCCGGCAAAGCGACCCCUGCGGCCGCCGCGGGCAAGGUGAAGCGCGCGGCACGCGAGUCGCACGGCACAAAGGCCAAGAGGGCGAAGGGGGCCGACAAGGCGGCCGACGUGCCGGCCAGGGGGACCCUGCUGAGCUUUCUCAAGCGCCCGGCGGGCGGCGCGCGUCUCCACCCGGCGAUUCCGGCCGGCGGCGCGUGCGCGGGCCCGGUCCCCUGUCGCGACAAGGAUUCCGGCACGUCCCCCGAGGGAGCCGCGAUGGCCGCGGGGUGGGCGGAGGACGCAGGGGGCGCGGGAGAUACGGGGGGCAUGGGGGGCGUGGAGCUGGACAGUGUCGGCCGCGCCACUGACCCCGCCACUGACCCCGCCACCGACCCCGCGACCGACGACCGCCGGCCGCGGCAGAGGAAUCUCGGUACGGAUUUUUGGAAGUCGGUGCUGAAGGGGCUGCCCCCGGCGCCGCCGUGCAGGGGCCACGGCGAGCCGUGCCUGCUGAGGACGGUGAAGAAACCCGGGCAGAAUUUCGGGCGCCGCUUCUACGUGUGCCCUCGUCCUGAGGGCCACGCGACGAACAAGGAGGCUCGCUGCAACUCGUUCACUUGGGUCACCAAGAGGUGAGCCACAAGGAGGGCCGCAAGGAGGCCUCGCAAUGGCCGCUGCGGUGGUGGGCUGCCACGAAACGAUGGUUUCGUAAACGAUGAAAACUCUCAACAUUCGUCAAACAACAACUCUGUGGUGUUUCAGCGGCCUCUGUGUGUGGAGACAUGUUAAUUACCUCGGCUGGUAUGCAGGAGGUCGUGGGUUCGACCCCGACCCUGAUGACACCUGUAUAUUGGGAAUUUUGGUGUAUCUCCCGUUUUUUCCCUCCACAUUUAGAAUCAGCGUGUAUUCGGCUGCGAUAAAUGUCCACGUGAUAAGCCACUUCGUUGAGCUAUCAACACAGACCAUCACGCGAACGCCGGUCAUCCUCGCAGCAGCUUUUGGCUGCCAUUUGAACCAAGACGGGUCACCGCUUCGCACGCGUUUGGAUGUCCCUCUGCGGCCGUCUGGAAUGCUCUUCCUUCCGAUAUUAGGAAGCCACCAGAGCUGUGCACUUUUAAAAUGAUCAAUAUUGACAAGAUAAUUUAUUUAAAACAGAUUUUUGCGUUUAGUUUGUUGUCCUCAGGCACUUCCUAUUAGCACGGCUAGCGACGUUCGGUGCGAAAUAAGUUCAACAUACACACGUUUGUGGCCAGGUCACUUCUGAGAAAGAGCUAUGUAGCUCCGUGGACCUUACCUGGUAAAAUAAAAAACUUGUUAAAUAAAAAAUAAUCGUAUCAAAAUAACAACAGGUUAUAUUACAGGUGACGUUUCAAGCAACGGGCCCUUCUAGAUGGCAUCGUAAAUGUGCUGGAGUUUGUUUUCGUGCGUGUACAUGCACACCACUGCCCCACCAAAUCACUUGUGUUUUGAUGAUGAUUUCAGGUAUUGAAGGUAAUAUGACGAUUUUUACUGAAUCUAUUUUGUAAUAAAA